AUGAGCCAAUCUCAUUUAAAAGUGUAAAACAUAAUAUAUAGUCCCCUUGGCCCCUAUUAUCUAAACAAAAGAACCUUAUAGAUUAUAAGUUACAUGUUGGUAUAGGUACCUACAAACUAUAAUUAUUUAAAUAUACAAAUUACUUAGCAACUGAUUUUAAUUUUUAAUUUAUCUGUAUAUGAACAUUUUUUUUUUUUAUACAACAUGAACAAAUGCGAUUGUAAAAAUCAAAUUUGUAUUCACCAUAAUGUUUAUGUACAACCACCAAGAGGUAAAUCAUAUGCAAAACAUGGAACUUAUAUUCGUCCAGAUAUUCCUAUGCAGUAUAAAACUGAACAAAAAUUAUCUUAUAAGAAUUACCCCAUUAAUGAAUUUAUAAAGAUAAAUUCAUCUUCAAAAAGUAACUGCGUAGAAGAUAGUUUAAAGUUUGGUUUUCAAUAUCCAUCAGAAACUAUUCAACAAUCCAGUUACAAAAAAUGGAGGAUUUCAGAUGAGUUGGAUAUUAAAAAACCAAGAGACUGUUCUGAUUUGAUUGGACGUGGUGCUAUAAACUUAAAUACUACUAAACAAUUUGAUUUUCAAAGAAAAAACAUUACUCCUCAAAGUAAACACUAUGAAAAACCUUGCAGUGUUUUUAAGUCAAAUAUCCCAACUGAUAUUCAAUCUACAGUUUAUCAAACAUCUUAUAAGGAUUCUAAAAUGGAAAAAAGGAAUAUUGACAUUUACAAACCUAAAAGUACUUACAUUACCCCAACAAAAAAAAUGGAAACAAUGACAACAAAUAAUAUAAAUUAUAAAAAUUGGAUCAGAAAUUCAAAUAAUUCAAAUAUUAAGACUAAUUACGAUUGCCAAACAACAAAAAAACCAAUAGAUCAUCAAACGACAUACAAUUAUUACUACACUGAACCAGGAACAUAUACAAAAGAAGUUACAUUUUCAUCAAAUGAUGAUUUAUGUAUUAAAGAGUGUUGUGAUUAAAAAUGGAUUAAUAAAUAUUCUACCACAUUUAAGU